GCAAAAUGUGAAAUGUGAAGCAGCAGCAGGCAGCAGCUAAAAUUUCAAACUAACGAUUAGCUUUCGUUCUCUCGGUAGAAAAAUUUGUAGAAAAUAUGCCACACGAAAAAAAAUCAACAAAAAAAAUGAACAUAUUUUUGUAAAGUAAAUAAACGAGCAAGACACGGUGUGCGCGUAUAUUUUGUGGGUUCGCAUUUUCUAAGACAGUGUUUUUGUGUGAAAACUUUUGGCCCAAUAACGAAACGCAUCGCAAAGAGGACAACAAAAGACAAUAACAAAUUCGCAGCGCGUGUGUCGGUGAGUGUGCGUCUGUGCGGGCGUGUGUGUGUGUGUGCAGGUGCCAAAAGAACGCGGAGAUAAACAAAUAUCCAAGUGGAUCGUUGGAGCUGUUUUGUUAUUGGCAUCUAGGGCAGCAGCGGAACUGAGGCGCAGCGGAGCCGCCCAAGUGCAGCCGUAGAAAGCGUUGGUGCGGGCACCAUGGACUCGCUCAAGUUACCAAAGGCCAACAGUGCCACCAGCAGUGCUAGCGGCAGCAACAGCAACCUGUCCGGCUCGACAUCCGCGUCCGCAUCCGCAGCCACAUCGCCCACAUCGUCGGGAAAUGCGGUUGGAGGCAUUCUCUCCGGUGCCCCAAAAUCGCCACCUGGCCUGAGCAGCAGCACCCCCAUCACGGUGCGAUUUAAUGCCAACGAGGAGUCCCUGGACGACAUCCUGCAGUCCUUCCAUCACAACAAGCACAGUCCAAGUGGCGGAGCGAGUGGCGGCGGCGAUGCCUCGCCCACCUCGAAUCUCCUGGGGAUGAAGAACAACGGGCUGGGACUCAACACCGGCCUGGUCGUGGGCGCCUGCGACUCCCUCUCCAGCAGCCCCUCGCAGCCCCAGAUGCAGGGCGGAUCCGCCUCCCUCUUCGGCAACGACGAAGUAACUCUGCGCAAUAAUUUCAUGCAAGCCGGUGGCUUUUUCAAUCGCAAAAGUUGCGGCGGCCUGCCGAAUCUCAAUCUCAACAAGCCGCCCCAGCUCCACCAGCAGCAGCAGCAGCAGCAGCAGCAACAGCAGCCGCAUCAGCAGCAUAAUCAACAGCAGCAACAUCAGCAGCAGCAGCAGCAGCAGCAUCAACAGCACCAGCAACACCAGCAGCAACAUCAGCAGCUGCAGCAGCAACUUUCGCCGAAUCUGAGUGCCCUGCACCAUCAUCAUCAUCAGCAGCAGCAGCAGCAGCAACUCCGUGAAGGCGGUGGAUCACAUAGCCCCUCCUCUCCGGGCGGCGGAGGAUCGCCGUACAACGGCUCCCAGGCGGGCUGCAGCAGUGGUGGCAUCUCGCCCAUUCCUCCCCAGAUGUCGGGCGUGUCGCCCAAGUACCGUCGCAGCAUAUCCUUCCCCAUCAAGGGCAAUUCUCCGACAGCUCUCUAUGGCAAUCCGCACAUGGAUGGCAUGGGCAGUGGUGGUCACAUGAACAUACCUACCCUGUCGAUUGGAAAUGGUGGUGGUGUUGGUGGAGGAGGUCCCGGUGGCAUGGUCUCGGCAGGAGCAACCGGCGGCGGAGAUGCCCCCUAUUUGGGAAGCAACAGCUAUGGCAACAUGAUGGCCUCCAACGGGCAGAUGCACCACGGCGGCAUGGACAACUCACUGAGCGAGUAUAUGCGCAACAUGUCGCUGGGCGGAAAUGGUGGUAAUGGAGAUGGCGGCAACAGCAUGUCCCUGUUGCAGGACAGGAUGCGUGUGAUGGGCGGUCCAAAGCAUCUGAGCGAAGCAGAUGCCAUGGCCAUUGCAGCAAGCGGAAAUGAUCCAUCCGUCUACUUGAAUGCCCUCAAGAUGGGCUCACCAUCGCGUCUCUCGCCCCACUCGCCGCAUUCACCCAUCCAGGGUGGUAAUGGAGGAAAUGUCGGCGAUGGCACGGCCCGAUUCUCCCGGAAGGUAUUCGUUGGUGGCCUGCCACCGGACAUCGAUGAGGACGAGAUCACCACCUCGUUUCGCCGCUUCGGGCCACUGGUCGUCGAUUGGCCACACAAGGCGGAGUCCAAGUCGUAUUUCCCGCCCAAGGGCUAUGCCUUCCUGCUGUUCCAGGACGAGAGCAGCGUGCAGCAGUUGAUAGACUCGUGCAUCACCGAUGAGGACAAGCUUUAUUUGUGUGUAUCCUCGCCAACGAUCAAGGAUAAGGCUGUGCAGAUUCGUCCUUGGCGUUUGGCCGAUGCGGAUUAUGUGCUGGAUGCUACCAUGUCGCUGGAUCCGCGCAAGACGGUGUUCGUGGGCGGAGUGCCACGUCCGCUGAAGGCCUUCGAGCUGGCCAUGAUCAUGGAUAGAUUGUAUGGCGGCGUGUGCUAUGCCGGGAUUGACACCGAUCCGGAGCUUAAGUAUCCCAAGGGUGCUGGCCGUGUGGCCUUCUCGAAUCAGCAGAGCUACAUUGCGGCCAUCUCGGCCAGAUUUGUGCAGCUGCAGCAUGGCGACAUUGACAAGCGGGUGGAGGUGAAGCCCUAUGUUCUGGACGAUCAGAUGUGCGAUGAGUGCGAGGGUCAGCGUUGCGGUGGCAAAUUCGCCCCGUUCUUCUGCGCGAAUGUGACCUGUCUGCAGUACUAUUGCGAGCACUGCUGGGCCGUGAUCCAUUCGCGGCCCGGACGGGAGUACCACAAGCCGCUGGUCAAGGAGGGCGCCGACCGGCCGCGUGCGGUGCCCUUUCGCUGGUGUUAACGGCGGCGCUGGUAGGCCGCGCUGCACGACGAGAGACGCCAACAGAGGGAGCAACGACACCGGUUGUUGAACGCAGCGCUGGCAGUGCCCAGAAUCAUCACGGAGGCAGGAGGAUCGGGAGGAGCAGUUGGAGAAGCAGUUGGAGAAGUAGGAGCCGCCGGCGGAGAAGCAGCAGCGGAUCGACGGCGAAGAAUCUAGUAAAUUAUCAUUAGAGACAACCCACAAACACACACACACACCACACACACAAAAGACAAUUGGCCCUGGGGGUGGGGAAAUCAAUCCCCAAAACCCAAAUGGGCAAGGUGCAGCAUAUAGCAUAUAGCAUAUGGGGCUGGAUGAAGGUGUCCCCUUGAACAGCCGCCAGAGUCUAGAAUCGAGAAACGAAAGCCCUCAGAAAGCAACAUAGUUUUAGUCCUUAUUUAUAUUCGGCAAUCAGUUUAUUGUUUUGCUCUUCUAGUUCUAUAUUUGUACGAAAUUUUAGUUUUGUUUUUGAGUUCGAUGCCUGCACAGUAUUUUUUGUACUUUAUUUUUAUAACAGUUUUUUGUUUGUUAAGGGGGAAUCCCAAGAUGCCAUAUAAUCUCAUAAAAAUACCACCAUCGAAAGAAAUGAACAUGGAGGAACAUUUACCUCCUCGUAGUCAGCCAAAAUCCUCGCAAAGGGCCUAUGAAUUAUUCCCCCUUACCCAUUCUUUUUAACUAGCUAACGUAGGAGCCAUCUUGUAUGCCAAUCGAGGCUAGUCCUAAAAUUAUCAGUGAGCUGCUAUCCCUCUCUCGAAAGGCUUUUUGCUCGAGUGGGCAGGGGCUGUCCUUAAGUUCCUAAAUUGUGACAAAAUCAAAAAUACAUUGGUUUUUGUAUUAAACCCUCCUCCCUAAUUAGAUCAAUUUGUAAAAUUCAUACGAAAGACUUUCAAAAAGACAAUAUGCGGAAUGUCAGACAUUUUUAAGCGAGCAAUUUCAUACUAUCUCGGUGAGAGAUCAGUUAAUCAUAUCAUAUCUAUAUACAGUUCAUAAUGUGGCUCAUGAAACGCAACUACUGAUAAUCCAUAUAUUUUUUGUUCCAUUAAACGAUAGUUAAUAUGGGCCUUAAACAAUUCCAGAUACUGCUAUGCGGAGAAAUCGUAUAUAUUCUUUGUCCAAUAUAUGCGAUUGCUCUUCCAACACGCUGCUAAUUCUUGCUAAUUCAUUACACUUCAUUUAGGUAUGUGAAAAUCGUAAAAAGCUUGUAUACAUACUACACGAAACCAUACACUCGAUACACUCAUACACAAUACGUUUGCAAACUCCUUAGAAGUCCUGCCAAGAGGUGGCUUUCCUACGAUUUUCACAUGCCUUCCGUUUGGGUAAUGCUUACGAUUGGAAACUAGUUAAAGCGAUAAAUCGAUGUUACUUUACACUAAUCAAGUAGUUAAGUACCCACACUCUGCGAAAGGUUUUUUCUUUCCUAAUAUCGACGGCUCAUUUUUAAUUUUAAUCUAGUCGACUCUCACACACACGUACGUACACAACCCACACCACAUUUACACUGAAAGUUUACUUGCAUUUGUUGCCAUUUGGCUUAACAGAAAAUAAUAAUAAAAAAUAUAUAUAUAAAUAAUAAUAAUUAAAAAUUAGAGAAACAGUCAAAAUGCUUGUGUUCAGUAUUAUGAUUUAUUUAUAAUUUUCCACUGCAACGUGUUAAAUGUCAUAAUUUGCCUUAUUUAUUUACCAAUUGCUUUUCGUUAUUUAAUUUACGGCGUGUUGCUAGCUAAGGGACAGAGGGCUUAUCUCCCGAAGAUAUAAUAAAACGUAUAUAUUAAUGAAAAUCUGUAAUGUAAAAACAAUUUUUAUAUUUGACAUACAUCUAUUAACACUAUGAAUACUUGUAUUAGACAACUUUUUAUAUAGAGACUUUUUGUAAAAACUUUUUUUUAUUACUCUUAUGAUUAUUCAGAAGAUAGUUUAGUCCAAAUAACUAAAGACAAAAUGAGAAAACCAAAAAUGCGAAGAUAAAUAGACAUGCUAAAACAUCUAAUGGAAAUUUAAAUAUAUACAACUUAUGUGCAAUACUAUUUCGUAAACGAUUCAAGCGUAUUAUUAAAUACCAAAUAUGUAAACAACUUAAAAAAGAUAUGUAUCUGUACAAACAUAAAGUAUACAAGAUAAUUGCAAUCGUAUUACCACAAAGUAGUCAAAUAUUACCGAUCCCCAAUGAACCCCCAACUUUCAACUAAUUGGCAUGCAUUUUUUGACAUGCGAACGGGGCUUGAAGUUCGCGUUCGGUGCUCUCCCCUGAAUCCUAACAUACAAAAAUCAAAUGGAAGAAUAUCUAGACUUAGGGCAAUACUUACGAAGAAAAUUAUCAAAAUGUAAAACGAGCAAAACAAUUUUGUAAAUUAUACGCGUUAAGGGACGAGACAAAAUUUGCUACGGUGCAUGCAAACAAUACGA